AUGAAAUGCGACGAACAAGAGGGUCCAGAGGGAAGGAAGGUGGGAACCGUGUGGGAUACCGACCAAUGCACGUACCUGUUGUUGGAAGAGAUGAACGAACUCGUAUGGAAGCUUUCAGUCGUACAGAAACGGCAAGACCGAUUGAUGAAAGAUGGGAUGGAAGAGGGAAAGAGUGAUGACGAAAACGCGCCCUGUGGCUUGAUUGUCAUGGGAUUUUGUCAACGGAGGGAAAGCACGAUGGCGACCUCUCCAUUAGUGCGGAAGUGCAACAAGCCUUUGUUCCUCAGGCUCCCCGUUUCUUCAGCAAUGCAUGGCUGUCACUCGCGCCUUCCUACGGUGACAACUGUCGCAACACCAAGCAGGAACGACUUUGCAAACUUCAUUUGGGAAUAUACCAAGUAG